AUGGCCGCUGAAAUCCCCGCUGGUGGUACUUGGUUUGAUACCAUCAAGAAGUCCUUCGCAGAUGUCCCGGUUGACAAUGCCAACGACAAUGGGAUUGCUACCACCGAGUUCCUCGAAGCUGCCGAGUCUCUCACUACGCUGUUUGACCUCCUCGGUUCCGCCGCGUUCUCCCCUGUCAAGAACGACCUGACUGGCAACAUCAAGAAAGUUAGAGAGAGGCAGCUGGCUGCCCCUGGCGAAUCUGGAACUCUUCAAACCCUUGUGCUCAACGAGUUGAAGACCGGGAAGCAUGUUGCAGCAGAAGGUUUGGUCUGGCUUGUCAGAGGUCUCGACUUCACCGCCCAGUCCCUCCGCCACAACAUCGACAAUGCCUCGAAAGAGCUGUCCGAGUCCUUCCGCGAUGCAUACGGCAACACUCUUAAAAAGCACCACUCCUUCAUUAUUAAGCCCAUUUUCUCCGCAGCCAUGAGUGCAACCCCCUACAGGAAGGACUUCUAUGCCAAGCUGGGCAGUGAUGAUGCCAAGGUCAAGGCAUCUUUGGAACGUGAGGUGGCAGCUCUGGAGGAGAGAGUGGCUAUCCUAAAGUCCUUCCAGGACCGCAAGGAGGCCAAGUGGUGA